AUGAAGUUCACCCUCGCAGCCGCAGCUUUUGCAUUCCUAGCCAGCGCUGCCGACGCCGCCACCGCCAAGAUCACCACCAGCUGGAUCGUCAACGCCGGCCUUCUUCCCGUCACGACGUGUUAUUAUCAUGGCGAGGACGGCAAGACCUACUUCAUGGGCGACUUCAGCGAUGGCUGCCGCGGCACCAAGCACGAUUGGGUUCGCCAGAUCUGCGUAGACUCAUCAAAGACUAGGGCGCAUAUCACCUUUUCCGGCGGUACCAGGAGGUGCUUCAAGCGGACUUGGAGGAGCUCAGAGUGCGUCGGAACGGGACCUGAGUCCUGCUACAAGGGCAUCUGCCCCACGUGCUCCAGGGCCGAAUACACCCCGACUUCGUGCACCUGGUGA